AAUUUUUUUUGAGGUGAGACCGUUAAAAUAUACACCCCUUUUCUCUCUACUCGAAGAACUCAUCGAUUCUCAACUGACUGCAUUUGAUCUCAUUUCUAUGGACUGAAUUUUUGGUCAGAUCAAUCACUCAAACAGUCAACUUAACCUUCCCCAAUAAAAUUAUAUAAAAUGCGAAACACCGGCCAUUCUCCGAUGGCCGUCAAAACCACCAUAACCACCGUCAUAUUUUUCUGUCUCCUCCACCUCCACCCAACCCCCACCGAUUCCACCUCAAUCACAGGCCUUGACUCGUUCCUAACUCAGCAAUUUCAACUCGACCCACACGCUGCCAACGACACUCUCCCCAUCCUCCCCUCCCGUCUCAAAUCUUCUCUCUCCUCUUCCUCCUCCUCCGUCUCCUCUGCCGUAGACAACCGGAUCUCCUCCCUCCUCUCUCUCUCCCUCCCAAUCUCCGUCCAUGUCAAGCUCGUCGGCCCCAUUUUCACCUCCACCUCCGCCACCACUCUCUCCUCCUUCCUCUCCGCCUCACACUCCUCCUCCGCCUUCCACGUCAUCACCCCCUCCGAAACCCCCUCUCACCACCUCUCGUUCCACCACUCCCUCCACCACGACGCCUCUCUCUCUCCUCCUUCUCUCUCCAAUUUACUCUCCAACGCCCUCCGCGCCUCCCUCAACUUCUCCAUUUCAUCCCUCCGCUCUUCUCUCUCCUCCAUCCCUUACUCCGUCGUCGACGAAAUCAUCGCCGCUGAUCACAGCCGUGAGAAACCCCUUCACGGAUACACCAUUUACCUCCUCAAUUUGGGCCCGCAAUCAAAACCCUAUGCUUACACCUAUUCCUCUUCAACUGGGUCUGAAUCUUCUUCCCCUUCUUUCACAAAAUGUUUGGGCUCACUUUGGCAGAGCAAGGACCGGUACAUUUGGGUCGAUUUAGCCGCUGGCCCGUUGGAUUACGGGCCGGGUCUUUCUGGUGAUGGAGUUCUACCCCGUGGCGAAUUCCACCCCCUCGCCGCCUUCCAUGGGAAGCCGAAAUCAGAAAAGGCAGUGUUGGCUGAUUUAGCUUCCUUGGUUUACAGUGCUUAUCAGGUAUUGCUUGUGCCUUCUUUGAGAAUUCCUGUGCCUUUUGAGAAUGCCCUUGUUGUUCAGUUUAUUCAUGUUGUUGGGAGUGAUAGUAAUGAUCAUAAUAGGUAUGGGUUGGACUGGAAAAUGAUUGAAAAUGUUUUGAAUGACGAGGGUUUGUUGUUCGGGGAUCAGUCCUUGAGUUUUAAGAAGUAUGAGAUUAAGUAUAAGGAAUGUGCUCUGUGUUCUUUUGCUGUUUCGAAGGCAAAAAGCUCAUACACUAGUCGUUUCCUAUUUGAUAACUACACUUUGAUUGUAAACGAGUAUGUGGACUCGAAGAAGUUGCAUCAGAUACUGUCUGACUCUGCUGAUGAGUUGAAGCAGUUGGCGGGGAUUCACGAGGAAGAUGACUUUAAGAGGGUUAUCCCAGUGUUUGUUUUUGAUUUGGAUGAUAAUACAUUGGUUAUGCUUGACCGGUUUCAUCAGUCUGUUGCAUUUAAGGACAUGGUGAUUUCGAUUAGGACGAGGAAUACUCAGACUGUGAGUGAUUAUACUUGUAACGGGCGCCAUGUUUUUACCCAAACUCGGGAACUUGAGAGGCCUCUUAUUGGGUCAGUUUUGCAGAGUAUGUGGGGGGUGUCUCCAACCCAUUUGAUCUGGAGCCCCAGGCAUAAUACCACUUUGCUUGAUUAUACAUGGAGUGUAGGGCAAACUCCAUUUGGACCGUUUUCGGAGAUAUCUUCAUUGUCGUUUGUGCAGAAAGAUGCUGCUCGAAGGAAUGUUCUUUUGACCUCAUUGAAUUAUACUAUAUCUAGUGCCAUUGAAGUCCUUGAAUCUGUUAAAGCACAUGGUGGGUACCAGAGGCUUCUGAAGGGGCACCAGAUUACUGAAUUCUCACAGAGAUGGUUUCUGUUUAAGUAUAAGCUGGAUAAGAUGAUUUCAGCAUUGUCUCAUUUAGAAUUUGAGCUGGCUUCAUAUUACUUGAGAUCGUCUGAACAUGACUUGUAUGCCAUGCAUUCUAUCAUCUAUCGUGCAUCACAGGAGUUGGAUGCUUCACUUGUGUGUUUCACAGAUCCACCGAUUCCAUGGGCUUCUGUGUCUAUGUCAGCUGCAAUUUUUAUCCUUCUUUGUUUUGUUUAUGCUAAAAGGGACAAGUUCUUCAGGAACAAAACGAAGCAGUUCUGAAGGAUCACAAGGGGCUGUAACAUUAAGUUUGACGAUCACAUGUAUGUCUAUAGGUGGCAGAAUACCAGGUUAGAAAUUAUUACUCGAUUUGAAAUAGACCUGUAAUUUAUUUUCAACAGUUUUUCUUCCCGGGGAACAAUUACCAAGUGAAAAUCUGAUCUCAGUUUUGAUAUGUGCAUUAGUUUGUCUCCUAAGUUUGCCAUUUGCGUUAAGGCUUGAAUACUAUCAUGACAAGUCAGGGUAUCGUACACCCAAAUGUUAAUCUACUCACUAUUUUCCUCU